ACUGUGUUUGUAUAUUUAGGGUUGUGAUGGCGGCUGUUGUGAUCUGGUUCUACGGGUUCUACGGAACGAUUCUUACUCAUUUACGCCUUGCUUUGCUUGUUAACGCUCUAAAAGUAGCGCACACGGAUGGUCUUUUUGUGCGGUGCAGUGCGUGUGUUGACCAUGGGCUUGCUUCAAGUUCAAAGGGCACAUCGCUCUACGGUCGACGCCAUAGGAGAAGUAGCAACAUCUUUGGAAGAAGCGCGGGCUGCUGGGAAAACGAUGUACUGUGCCUUCUUGGACAUCCACAAGGCUUUCGACGCUCUACCUCAUGCCACCAUCUUCCACCAACUCACUCUCUUCGGCAUCGCAGGUAGAGCUUACGCUUACAUCCGUGCAUUUCUUCAAAACAGGACCCUUAUUGUAAACGUCCGGGGAACAACAAGUGCCCCAAGAUAUGUGACCCAAGGAGUACCGCAGGGCAGCGUGAUAAGUCCUUUUCUUUUCAAUUUGGCAAUGGCGUCACUACCUGCUGUGCUUCCGCCAAUGACAUAUCCACUUACGCCACGGACAAGCAUCGCCAUUUAUGCGGAUGAUGUCGCAAUUUGGUCGGUUGGGUUAAGCAACCAGGCACAGAUGACUGGGCAAAUUCUUCAGUUUGCUCUGGAUAAAACAGCAAAAGAAAUUUCUCGUCUGGGACUGACAUUAUCUGCUUCAAAGACCGCUCUCCUCUACACCAACAGGAGCCGGCGACAGACCGUCAAAAUUACACUCGACGGCGUAGAAAUCGCAAGGAGUAGGUCCCACCUCUACCUGGGCCUUUUAAUCGAUGACCUCGCGACAUGGCGGCCGGCAGUGAAAAGACUCUUAGGACAGUGUCGACAGCUCUUGGGCGUCCUCCGGAGUUUCCGUGCAUACGGCCAGAGAGGUAUCCCACCGGAUGGUUUGCUGACACUCUACAAAGGUCUUCUCCAAUCGAAGCUCCUAUACGCACUACCAUUCGUCAAUAUCAGGCGACCCCAGCUAGACGCGCUCGAACGUUUUCACCGUGUCGCUUUACGACUCUGUUUGGGACUUCCCCCAUACGCGAAAAACGUGGCAACGCUCACGGAGGCACAAGAAGAGCCAAUCAUCCUACGAGAGGAAAGAGUGGCAAUGCAUUCCCUAGUGCGAAUGCACACGACCCCGUCGGCACAGUACUUUCUUGCCAACCUGCUGAAACGACCAUCGUCGCAUCUUGGUCAACUAGCUGCACAAUUUCAGCGUAACAUCGGAAGCCCUGGAGUUUUAUAUUCUUCACGUCCCCCACACUCCAUACGCCCACCGCUAGACGUGCGUGAAACACUUCCAGACCUGCCUCGGAAAAAAGAUAUUCACCCAACUGUCGCCCGCACAGCUGUCGCAGUGGCUCUCGAAAAUGAAUACGUUGAACAUCUUGAGGUCUACACAGACGGCUCAGUUGACAAGAAGAGAGGAACUGCAACCGCGGCAUACACGAUCCCCGCAAUAUCAACUGAAAGUGCGGUUCUCUUAAACAUCGAGACGUCCUCUACAACAGCGGAGACGGUUGCGAUUCUUCUGGCACUUACGACACUGCAGGAACGUCCUGAAAUCGGUAAGGCUGUGAUACUAACCGAUUCUCGAAGUGCGCUAGUUCACAUCGCCAACCCCGAGCACGCUCCCUUGAUCGCCCAGGAGGCUGCACACAUAGCAACAAAGCUAGAGGACAACGGAUGGAGACUGGUAUUUCAGUGGGUGCCAUCCCACAGCGGAAUUCUUGGAAAUGAACGUGCAGAUACCCUGGCAACAAGGGCACACAGCAUAUCGACUACCACGCACAACCUGCGACGAUUCCACGAGGCGCGCCUUCUCAUCGCACGCGAUCUCAGGAAAAGACACCCCGAUCCCGGAACAGCCAAUGGAGAAGGUCCUGUACCAGUCCCAACCUCUAAACUGACGCGGAAAGACGCAACGCUUUUGCAUCGUCUCCGAACUAAUAGCGCGUUCACGAGGAAGACAUUGCAUCGCUUUGGAAGGACGUCUCAGAGAAGCAGUGCUGACUGCACUGCGUGCGGGGACGUUGAAGACAUCGAUCACAUACUAUGGCACUGCCCGGAAUACGAGAAAGCACGGAAAACAUUACUAGCUUCGGUAAGGGCGACAGGGGCACAGGCGUCCAAGACAAAGGAACUGCUAUUUCCUACUGGCGGCAAGCAACGGGCGCGGGUCAUAUUCCGUGCAGUGCUCGAGUUUGCGCAUGUGAUUGAGAUUUCAAACCGCCUCUAACUGCCGCGCGCAAUUCGGAAACCGGUAAAGAUCUCGUCACACGUUUGCGACAUGACAAUGAUGCAAAACUCCAGUGAACGUUACUGUGUUGUGGCAGAACUGCGGAACUGCGGCUGUGAAACACAAGUCUCGACGCCGCUUCGCGGCGGCGCGACAUGUUACACAGGUUCAGCUCGUCGCCGCUUCGCGGCGACGAGCUGUACUUGUGCAAUUGACCGAAUGUUGAGAGCGAUUGAGCGACUGUUGGCACUUGGGCGUUUUAUCGAACUUUUACUUUGAACAAUGUUUUAGCCGUGUGUUAGCAACGCUUUGCCCCCUCCCCCCCCCCCCCCCUCCCUCUACCCUACAAAUGAUUUGAUUGGCGCUUUCCCCUAGUAACUGCUAAAAUAUUUUAUUCAACCCAUCUCAAUCCACAUCUUUCCCUCCCUCUCCCCUUUGGCUGUGCGAGUCUUUUUCCUGCCUGGAGAAUAACAUUUCGCAUAGCCAUUAAACCCCCUUUCCCGUUUUAUACACCACAUCCCCCCCCCCCCCCCCCCCCACACUCUCCCCUCCGCGCUUUGCCUAAGGCGUUGCAUUCGCGUUUUUUGUCGCUUUUCACCGCGUUUCUCGCUUUAUUGUAAAUCGCCGGCCGAUGCUUACAUUUACAACUUAAUUGCAUGCCAUAAUAAUGUGCACGACGACAUCUGCAGUUUAAUUUUACCGGAUAUGUGCGAGAAGGGAGGAGGUACAAAAAUCAGCGUCAGCACUGGCGCAUUUUAAGCCCAAUUAUUUAUGACAACUGAAGUUUGUGAUAGUGGCGGCAUGUUCGAAAUAAGUAGAGUGCAAUGUAUAUCCGCGCACUUAGGAUCCUAAGGAAUCUGACCAAAAUACUCAGCAUAUGAGGCUAUGUGUGUUUCCUGAAAGUCUCCUGCCUUGCCUUCAUAACAUAUUUUAAAGUUGUUUUUGAUUAUAUGGGAUAUAUAAGAGAUAAGUAAGAAACGUUUAAAUCACAUCUAUUCUGAUGCUCUGGAUAAUGAUAACGUCCACACCAGGUGAUUUGUUUUGUUCACGACAUUACACCUAAUCUGCUAGACGUUCUUAAAGGGUUUUGCAAUAGAAACGUUUGCUUGAUUUAUUUAUGAAUUUAGAGGAACUUUACCAUAUGUUCGGUUCCAUAUCUGCAGUCAUUAAAGGGUGUUACAUUUUU